AUGAAAUCUUUGCUGGGUUUUGUAUUUUUAUUAAGUGUAAAACUUGGUUUUUCUCAAAAUACAUCACAUUUGGACACGAUAAGUCACUUGCCACAAACAAGGCGAAUCCUCCGAGGUAGUGAAGUGGGAGACACUAGACCAUAUAUGGUAUACCUACGACCUGCAUCCACAGAAUCAAAAGUCGACGCUAACUGGUUGUGCGGUGGAGUGAUAGUCGAUGCCCAGUAUAUAAUAACUUCCGCUGCAUGUAUUGAAGAUGUCAGGCAUUUUUAUGUUGUAUCAGGAACACACAGGUGGAUCCCAAAAGACACCGAUGAUGAAUGUAUAAGAAAUGGUGCAAAGAAAGCAAUUUGGAAAUGCGUUCCACAAAACUAUGUCUUCGACGGCAACCGUUUUGACAAUAUCAGAUGGAUGAUUAAUGACAUAGCGGUGGUUAGAGUUGAGGAUGACUUUAACUUUGAGAGAAGAGUACGUGGGUGCGACUUCGUACCUAAAUUGAUAUCGUACAACAAUCGGAGUGAGGAGCUGGAAAACGCUGGAACCGUCGCGUCCAUUGCUGGAUGGGGAUCCGUGGAUAGCUUUGGUGACGUUUACGGUAGAAUGUCAGAUAACUCCCCAGAAUUGUUGGAAACGGACGUGGUUCUUAUCUCAAAGAAGAGCUGCAAAAACCGAUGGCCGGAGAGAUAUCAUCACAUAAUUGAUGGUAGCAUGGUUUGUGCUAAGGACAGCACAGAUGACAACAUGAAUGAUCUUUGCAAGGAUCAAGGAGUAAGUUGUAAAGAAUUGGUUUACUCAGACGAACUCGAGGAAACUCGACGCUUUGUUAUAGAACCAAAUUCCCUCAGAGUACAUACAUCAAGACAUAAUGAAACUCGGCGCUCGAAGGUUAUAUCUGGAGGCUUUUGUGAGAAUGAUCAUGGCGGGCCGUUAGUGGUGGGUUACGGUACUGGAGCCGUGGUGGUAGGAGUGAUAUCAGCCUGUCAGACUGCUAACAUCACACAGAAGUGCUAUGGACCCUACUUGUACACCAGCGUCUGGAAGAACAGACAUCUCAUACAAUGUGCUAUACAGAAGAAUAUAGAAUCGUCGUGUAAACUUCUAUUAAGAACGUCCAAAACACGUGAAACCGUCUUUAAUUGGAAUCGGCAUCCAGAUGGGAAAGCAAAAAGCGAAAUAAAGAAACCAGUUCCGGUAUAUGUUCCAGAACUAAAGCCAACACCAAAUGCCACUGUCGUCAAAAGACAUAGGUACUUUAAAAAAAGUUCAAAAAAAAAUUAAAUUUUAAUAAAGU